CCGAGUUCAACACCGUAUUCUUCAAUGGCAGAUACAUAUCCUCAUGUAACGACGCCAGAACAUGAAACAAAACUCGAUCGUACGUUGUGAAGACCACGAUCACACCUCGUGCAGCGUAAUAUGAAUCUCCUCAGCAUAUUCGAGGAACGGCCAGCAAUACCUUACGACUGGCCACUCGUGACGGAAGCCAUCGCCUGAAAAUAUAACGCAGAACAAAUCGUCAUUGAACAUCCCAGGUCACCAACAUGCGAGACGAAACAACAGCAGGGCAUGCAAUGCCUCCAGCAGCAAUGCCACCACCCGCAACUCGCACCUCCCAGGAUCCAACCACCAACACCCCAGGCCCCCAACUCCGCACCUGGCGCUUCUACGCAAUCCUCACCUCCCUCGGCGUCGCGGGCCUAGCCUCCGCAAUCGAAGGCACAAUCAUCACCAGCGCCCUUCCAACCAUAAGUUCCGCCUUGCAAGCCGGCGAUGUCUAUGUAUGGGUCCCCAAUGCUUACCUGCUUGCCUCUGUUGCUGUCCUGCCGCUCUACGGUCAGGCGAGCAAUAUCUUUGGCCGGAGAUUUCUAUUGCUGGCAUCUGUGGCGUUAUUCACUUUGGGCUCCGCUGUUUGUGGUGCUGCGACUUCGAUUGGGAUGCUCAUUGCGGCUCGUGCGGUGCAGGGGCUUGGGGGUGGAGGGAUUAAUCUGUUGAUCGAAACGGUUGUGACGGACAUCGUGCCAUUGAGGGAACGGGGGAAGUACAUGGCGAUUGUCAUGCUGGGAAGCGUGGUGGGAGCCAGUGUUGGGCCGUUGCUCGGGGGCGUGAUCACCUCGCGGACGACGUGGAGGUGGUGUUUCUAUCUCAACGUGCCUGUUGGCGGAGCUGCAUUCAUUACCCUCUUCGCCUUCCUCCGCGUCAACCACCACCGCGACCAAAGCUGGAAAGCCCGCCUCGCGCGCGUCGACUUCUCCGGCAACGCCAUUUUCAUCGGCGCCAUCGUUGCCGUCCUCAUCGCCCUAACCUGGGGCGGUACAACCUACUCCUGGACAACCGUCCACGUCCUCCUCCCCCUGAUCCUCGGCUUCUUCGGCCUCUUCCUCUUCACCGCCUUCGAAUGGACGCCGCGCCUGUGCCCAGAGCCCUCCAUCCCACGCAAACUCGUCUCAAAUCGGCAGUCCGCAGCAGCGCUCGCGCUAACCUUCAUCCACGCCAUCGUAACCUUCUGGACCUACUACUUCCUCCCCCUCUUCUUCCAAGCCGUGCAAACGCGCACGCCCGAAGCCUCCGGAAUCGCCACCCUCCCCAUCUUCGGGGGGAGCCUCCUCUUCUCCAUCCUAGGCGGCGUCCUCCUCUCCAAAACAGGCAAAUACAAACCCAUCCACCUCGCCGGCUUCGCCAUCCUCGUCAUAGCAUUCGGCCUCUUCUCCCUCUUCAAUCACACCACCAGCACCGCCGCUUGGGUUUGUUUCGAACUCCUGUGGGCCGCGGGAGACGGCGUGCUCAUCGCCAUUUUACUACCCGCCAUGCAGGCGCCGCUGGAUGAAUCGCUCGUAGCGACGGCAACAGGGCUGUGGAGUUUCGUGCGCUACUUCGGCUGCAUUUGGGGCGUGACGAUCCCGAGUGCAAUCUUCAACAAUGAGUGUCGGCGCUUAGCGAGGAGCAUGGGCGAUGCUAGGAUCGCGGGCUAUUUGACUGGCGGCAGGGCGUAUGAGUUUGCAACCAAGGCGUUUGUGGACGGCAUCGCGGAUGCAGAGGUCCGGAGGGGAGUCGUGGGUGUUUUUCAAGGGGCAUUGCGCACGGUGUGGCUGGUUGGUGUUGGGUUUGCUGGCUUGGGGUUUCUUGUGACGUUCCUUGAGAAGGACGUUUUGUUGCGCGAGCAGGUGAACUCGGAGUUUGGGAUGCAGGAGGUCAAAAAGACGGAUGAGCUUGUUGUCGUUGCCGGCGAGGGAGGUAUCCCGCUGGCGUCGCUGUCUGCUGCAACAGCACUGACAGAGAGAGGGAAAUCGACAAGUCAGAUGAAUAUAUCAUAGCAGAU